AUGGACAGCCGAGUAACACAAUCUAAUUCACGCCCACCGACAAAACCGAAACCCGCUAACUUAUCGGCAGUUCCUAACAAAAAGUCUUCUUUUGACGCCGAGACAGACUCUUCACGCUCUUCAUCAAACCAUUUAACAGUCAAGAAAGUCUCAACAACGAAAGGACCAAACGUAAAUAGACUAUCUAGUGUAUUCGAAAAUGCAACGAACGGGGCGAACGGAGCGAAUGGAGCGAACAGAGAGACUGCACAGAAGAAACAGAUUGGCAUUGAGCUGGAGAAAGGAAAUGGCGUAAAAAAUGGCAAUAUAAAAAAGGAAGCCAGUAAACCUAAAGGGUCAGAAAAUGUCGACAUAGAUGAUUCGGCGUUAAACUUUAGUGACAUUAAAGCAAGAUUUCAGAAAGAAAAGAAUCUUGAUGAAAGGAAGAAUGCUUUACCAAAUAAGAAGCCAUAUGUUCCGUCACGAGCAGAUACGAGUCGGUUGGCUACGCCACCAUCAACGUCUUCUUCAGCUUCGAAGACUGGGCAUAAAAAACCCGUAGUUCAAAAAUCUCCACCACCAAAUCAGUUUUCUUAUGAAAGCGAUGCAGACGAUUCUACUUCAGACGAUAUGGUGAUAGUUGAAGCUAGCAGUAAAAAUCAUAAACAAGCAAACGGUGUUCCAAUUGUAAAGUUAUCGUCAAAAGAGACUGCCAAAAACCAUUCGUCGCCUAGCAAGAUAAGAGGAAGAGGCUCCUCGACAGAUUAUAGUAGUACUUCAGAAAAGGACGAUGCAAUUUUAUCUAUAGACGACUUUGCAGCAACGAGGCAAAGUAUAGCAGAACAACUUCAUGGCACAUUUACAUCAAGUACCACAUAUACCUCUUACAUCAACCCUCCGUCUCGUUCUUCUUCAAAAUCCUCUUCUAUUUCGUAUUCUCGUAGAUCUGUGACCCCACCUUCCCAUCCUACCUAUGCCUCAUCAUCUUCAACGAUAGCACAGCUAGACACGCCUACCAGCGAAUAUUGUUCAUCAUUAGACGAUACUUUCGUCUACUACAUUCAAGCCCGUGACAUUCCAAUAUUUAAUCCAUACGAUCUUAAAGUAGUUUUUGGUAACCUUACCGACAUUAUAGACUUUUCCGAUACGUUUUAUGAAUUACUUCAAGCAGCUACAGGAAAUGAUGAUUUGGAGGACACAGAAAGUCAUUUAUUAGAGGAAAAUGAUGGUACUUGGAUUGGAGAAGCUUUUGUAAAAAUGUUAGAUAGCAAAGAAGACUUGUCAGGAAACUACAACAGAAUGGAAGCCACUUAUGGCGAAUAUUGUAAACGACACGAAAGUGCUGUUGCCAAAUUACAGGAACUUGAGAAUAACGAAAUCGUGCAAGGGUUUUUACAGAAAUGCCAAGAACAAUGCGAAGGACGAACACGAAGUUGGGAUAUUGCAAGUUUAUUAAUUAAACCCGUCCAGCGCGUAUUGAAAUAUCCAUUAUUAUUACAGCAAAUCCUCCAACUUACAAAACCCUCACAUCCAGACUAUGGGCAAUUAAAACACGCCUUUGACGAAAUGCAAAAGGUGGCUGAACGUAUCAAUGACAUUAAAAGAAGAAAAGACAUUGUAGAGAAAAUAGUUGGAUCCAAGAAGAGGAAUGAUGGAGAUAUAGUUCGUGGAUUUACAAAAACAUUGACUAGAAGAAAGCAAAUACUUAGACACAUGACCGGAUUAGCAAAGCCUACAGAGGAUGAACUGUAUAUCGCGUACGUGGACAAGUUUAAGCAUUGGGAGCAGCAAGGAGUUUUAUUGCAGAAGAACGUUAAGGAUUGGGUUAAGAGCGUUAAGCAAUACUUUGAAGAUCAAAAUCGUAUAGCAUCCACAAUAGAAGACUUUUAUGUAAUGGGACUUCCAGGAAAUAAACGCCCUGAGCAAUUGAAGCGUAUGGCAGAAUACAGAAGAAUCAUUAAAGAGCUUCCUUCAUCCUGUGGAAAAGAAAUGGAAGAGGCGAUAAAAAAGUAUAUAUAUCCGAAAUUAGAAACGUUCAUGGAUCGAUUCAAAGCUCCAACAGCUGUCAUGAAAAAGAGAGAAAAGAAGGUGCUUGAUUUUGAACGAGCAGAAUCAAUAAAAGAAAAGGGUGAUACGCCUGAUAAGGCCUUACAAGAAUCCGCAGACGCUUUCACUUCGAUCUCACUACAACUGCAUGAAGAACUUCCAAAAUUUUUUGAAUUUAUGCGUCAAUUUUUUAACAUUAUAGUUGAAGACUUUGCCAGAAUUCAAGCGCAGUUUUAUCGACAAAUGGGGAUGGAAUUUAGGCAGUAUUUUUACAAGUAUAUUGAACAAGAAGCAUUAGAGUAUGUGUCUAAUGAUCGGGAACUGGUGAUAAGAGAAUUUGACGUGGUAACAGAAUAUGGAGAUAAAAUGUUGGAAAUAGAGAGCAGAUUGAGUAUGUUUGUGUUGUGUAAUCAGAGCAAUGGAUCUCCAAUCGAAGACACAGAUGAUCGAGGACGCAAGAUGAGACGUAAACCGUCUCACUCAGAUACCUUAACUUCUCAAGCCUCCGUAAAUUCACGGAAAAGAUCAGUGUCCACAGACCCAAAGAGACGUGGAGGGAUGGUUGGACCUGAUCGUACAUCCUGGCGAUCUUCGUCAUCGACCAAAUUUGGCCUUGACAAAAUAAACGAUGAAGUGAUCAACCCGUUUGAUGAUGAUAUGCAGUAUGGACAUCGAAAAUACGCGACCGAUGGGGCUGUACCGUUGAACAGAACUCUAUCUUAUCCGACAUCAGCAUCCACGACAUCAUACACUGACCUUCCUCCCUAUACGGAAACAAUCGUAUCUAACAUUACUUCUUCGGAUGACGACGAUGACAUUUUCCACGACACAUUGACUGGAGAAGAGGGUCCAACGUCUACCGAACUUCGUGUACCAUUUCUCGUUGCUACGUUAUAUCGUUAUAAGACAAAAGAAAAGAACAUGCUGUCAUUUGAGGCUCAUACGCUGUUGAAGGUCAUACAUAUUGACGAGAAAGGGGAAUGGUGGUUUGCCGUUAAUGAAGAUACUGGGGAAAGGGGUUGGGUCGAUGUUGCACUAACAGAGAAGCUCAGUUAG